GGAAAUCAACCACAGCAGCAUGCUGCUGUCCCCCGCGCAGCCUCUUUUGACCGCACGUCGAGCAUAAUCCAAACAAAUAUUCUUACUACUUUUUACAUUCGAAAGAAACUCACAAAAGGCAGUUCUUAGGCAGUUUAUAAGUACUUCUGCAGUUUGCCAAGUCACUGGGACCAUCGAAGAUGCCCCACCAAGAGCAGGUGCUGGCUCACGGGCACCUCUGCACCCCAGGUCCUCCAAAGAACCCCGGGUACAACAGCAACCCGGUGCCCGUCAUCAUUCAGACAGAGUCCCGCGAGGAAUGGGGCAAAAAAAUGGAUUUUCUUUUAUCAGUCAUCGGUUUUGCGGUAGAUCUCGGAAACGUUUGGAGAUUUCCAUAUAUUUGUUAUCAAAACGGCGGUGGUGCAUUUCUUAUUCCAUAUGUCCUGAUGGCUGUAUUCGGUGGAGUGCCACUUUUCUACAUGGAGUUAGCUCUGGGACAGUUCCACAGGACAGGUGCCAUAUCCAUAUGGAAACAUAUUUGCCCUAUUUUUAAAGGUAUUGGUUUUGCCAUCUGCAUCAUUGCACUGUAUGUGUCCUUCUACUAUAACACCAUCAUCGCCUGGGCCCUGUUCUACCUCUACUCCUCCUUCAGUAGCACUCUGCCCUGGACCAGCUGUGAUAAUGAAUGGAACACAGAGAACUGCACUAACUAUUUCGGAAAAGACAAUGUGACCUGGACUAACUAUUCACGUUCACCUGCCGAGGAGUUUUACACGAGGAAUGUCUUGGUAGUCCAUGAAUCAUCCGGGCUUGAGGAUGUGGGAUAUAUUCGCUGGCAGCUCACGCUUUGCCUCUUCCUCAUCUUCACCAUCGUCUACUUCAGCCUUUGGAAAGGAGUCAAGACUUCAGGAAAGGUAGUAUGGGUGACUGCCACCCUGCCGUACGCAGUGCUGUUGAUCCUUAUGAUCCGUGGUGCAACUUUGCCAGGAGCGUGGAAAGGAGUGGUGUUCUACCUCAAUCCCAAAUGGGAGAAACUGAAGGAGACCAGCGUAUGGGUUGAUGCAGCUGCACAGAUCUUCUUCUCUCUCGGUCCUGGUUUUGGCGUUCUGCUCGCCCUGUCCAGCUACAACCCCUUCAACAAUAACUGCUACAGAGACGCGAUUGUAACCAGUCUGGUCAACUGCCUGACAAGUUUUGUGUCAGGAUUUGUUAUUUUCACUGUCCUGGGAUAUAUGGCCGAACAGAGAAAUGUAAACGUUGAGGAUGUAGCCAGGGACAAAGGACCCAGUCUGCUCUUCAUCACAUAUCCUGAAGCCAUUGCAAAUAUGGUUGGGUCGACUUUCUUUUCCAUCAUCUUCUUUGUGAUGAUGAUUACUCUUGGACUGGACAGCACGUUUGGUGGGCUAGAGGCCAUAAUCACAGCUGUAAUGGAUGAGUACCCAGACACCCUGUCCCAUCGGAGAGAGCUGUUUGUUUUUGGACUGGUGGUUGUUUGCUUUCUGGGCUCUCUCGGCACCCUUACUACAGGUGGUGCAUAUGUGGUAAAGUUACUAGAAGAAUUUGGAGUUGGUUCUUCAAUUAUAGCUAUAGUCUUUCUGGAGGCCACAGCAGUAUCCUGGUUUUAUGGUAUUAACAGAUUCAGCAAUGAUAUCAAAUCAAUGUUGGGCUAUACUCCAGGACUCUUCUGGAGAGUGUGUUGGGUUGCCAUCAGCCCAGCUUUUCUUGCUUACAUCAUUAUCAGCUCACUGUUGAACCCUCAGACCCUCUCACUAUUCGACUACGAGUUCCCAGACUGGAGCAUCACGGUCGGUUACAUCAUCGGAGCGUCCUCUUUCAUAUGGAUCCCCGUCUACAUGGUGUACAAGCUUGUGUGGACCCCAGGCUCUCUUAAACAGCGUCUUGCUGUAUGUCUGCGACCGGAGAGAACACUGCCAGACAUCCACACAGACAGUAUGGGCCUAAGUCCUAUACUAUAGACCACUGAGAGGAAAACAACUGAUCACAACUCACACAAAAAUCCCCCCACAAAUAUUGGGUUACACAUGUCCACGGCCAACUAAGCAACUUUUGCAUAACUCUAGGGAUUUGUCCAGAAGAAAAUGAAAUAUUCAA